GCUUGUUACUAUUAGCAACCACAGAAACUUUGAAGGCAAAAAUGGAAGACACUCCAAUUUUCCCCGACCCUCCUGUUGUAACUGUGGAGAGAACUCUGGCUAUUAUCAAACCUGAUGCAGUGCAUAGAGCAGAUGAGGUUAUGGAGGACAUCAAAAGUUUGGAAUUUUCCAUUCUAAAUCAACGCAGGUUGAGGCUGACUCCAGAACAGGCCUCCGACUUCUAUGCUGAGCACUAUGGCAAAAUGUUCUUCCCAAGUCUCAUCGCUUACAUGCAAAGUGCUGACAUCAUAGCACUGGUUCUGGCCAAGCGUGAUGCUAUUCAAGAGUGGAGGGAUCUGCUGGGACCCACGAAUGCGGUCAGAGCCAAGCAAGAAGCUCCCGACUCACUCAGGGCAAAGUAUGGGCAUGAUCAAACAAGAAAUGGGCUGCACGGCAGUGAUAGCUACCAUACGGCCGAGAGGGAGAUCAGAUUCAUGUUCUCAGAAUCGAUCACAGAGCCCAUCUACCACGGCCAAGAUGCAACUGACUAUCUCCAGAGCAAAGUGAACCCUGUCCUCACCAAGGCUCUCACACAUCUGUCCAAACAAAAACCAGAAGACCCACUGACCUGGCUGGCUCAAUGGUUGCUGGACAACAAUCCUAACAAACCCAAAGUGACAGAAGUGGACACAUGAACUCAUUCAUAAUUAUAGUUACAGAAACUGUGUAGCACAUUACAUUUUUAUGUUCAUGUUUAUGCAAUUGGUAUGACCACAGUGGUACAUGUAGUGCCUGCAGCGGGAAUUUAA